AUGUCAUGUUUGGUAUGGGUUUUAUUCUUAAUGAGCGCACCGAGUCUUUUGAUUGGUUGUUUGACACAUUUUUGCACUCAAUGGGGAGGAAAAGUCCCAUUACAAUUAUGACUGAUCAAGCACAAGCGAUUGCAGCGGGUAUAAGAAACAUUUUUCCUUCAACUGUUCAUCAUCGUUUAUGUGUAUGGCAUCUUGAACAAAAUUCUAAGAAACACAUUGGAGCAUUGAGAGCUUUGGAAGGCUUUACAGAUUUGUUUGGAUAUCUUUUGAAGUAUUGUGAAACUCCUGCUGAAUUUGAAUAUUUCUGGAAAAGGAUGUGUGAUAAAUACAAAUGUGAAAAUGAUGAUUGGUUAUGUGAUUUGUAUAAAAUAAAGGAAAUGCGGUGUCCUGCUUAUUCUAAGAAGUAUUGGUCUGGUGGUAUAUUGUCCUCUCAACGUAGUGAAACUACUAAUAAGUCAGUUUCACAACGUCUUAAUAAGACUCAAGGUUUAUGUGAUUUUUAUCAUGUUUUUCUUGAUGUCAUUUCUGAGUGGAGAAGUAAGGAAGGUGGAAGAGAUUACAAUACUUUGAGGGGUAAUAGGCACCUAGCUUUUGCUAAUGUUGUUAUAUUAGUUCAUGCAAGAUCAGUGUACACUAUUCAAGCUUAUGUGCUUUUUGAAGAGGAGUUCAUUAGGGGGACAGCUUAUGAUCAUGUUGAUAAUGGUUUGCGUUUUCCAGAAUAUUCAUAUCUUCUUUGGAGGCCUGGGAAGGAUAUAAUUAAGCAUGAAGUUGUUUUUAAUAAGGAAACACAUGCAGUUUGUUGCACAUGCAUGUACUUUAGUGAGACUGGUUUACUUUGUUCUCAUUCUCUUCGAGUAUAUCAUUUGCAUUGUGUGCAUAAUAUUCCACAAGAGUAUAUAAUGAAAUGAUGGACAAAGGCUGUCAUGUGUAGUCAUGGUAUUGAAGAACCUACUUUGAGGACAAAUGUUGUGGCUACUAGUGUUUGGAGGUCACAAACAAUCAGAAAGUUUGUGAAGUUGAUAACAAGUUGUCAGAAUUCUUUGAAUGCAAGGGCAGAGGUUGAGUGUUAUUUCAAUCUGUUAAAAGAAAAGGUUGCGAGCGUAUCAGGUGUAAUUGACUUUAGUGAACCUGUUAAAGAGGUUGAAAUUGUUGAUCUUGAGAUCAAGAAUCCUCCAAAAGCUAGGCCUAAAGGUGAGAGGAAUGUAAGGCCUAAGAGUACCUUGGAGAAGCAGUGCAACAAGGCAAAGGGUAAUUUCAAGAGGAAAAAUUCUAUGUACACUCCUUACAAAAGGGGUAUAGGGCAAGCAGUUGUACAGGCAUAUGAUCAUUUAAUAUUUUCAAAUUGAUCAUUUCAGUUAUCGUAAAUGAUCAUUUAUGUUUGUUUUUUUUAAUAGGAACUUGAUGAGAACGGUUGUGAUGUUACUUAUGCUAAUUCUAUUAGUGAUCACACUGAAUUGAUUGUUUUGAGCAAUAAACGGUCUCAGGUAAAUUCAAAUGUGCAAAAAAAAAAAAAACAGUUUAUUUAUAUUUUAUUAAUAUUGGUUUUUAUAAUGUAAAAAUAUAGGUUGGCUUUAAAUCAGCUGUUGUAGAAGAAAUUCCUUCUAGUUCUAAGGAAUCAGAUCAGAGUAUUUCUAAUGAUUUUGAUCAGGUAUGUUUGUUUGUUAUUGAUUAUAAAUUUAUUUUAUUUUUUGGCAUUUAUGAUCUAUAUUAUAAUUUUUUUAUUUAAUUUUAUAUUUUUUUUUAUUUUUUUUUGGUUUUUUUGUAGGCUACUAGUGAAAGCCCUCUUUCAUCCAGCAUAUCUAUUGAUGUUGAUAUUUCAUCUAUUGCAAAGGUUUUUUUUUUCCUUAUUUGUUUGUAUAAGUGUUUGUAACUAAUCAUAUACUGGUUUAUUAAUGAUCAAUUUAAUUUUGUUUAAAGGCGAAGGAUUUAAAUCUUGUUGAAGGUGUUUCUGUUGUUCAAGCUCGUUCUAAUGUUGGUGCAAAUAAAGGUGCUUCUGGUGUUAAAACUUACUCUCAAAUUAAUCCAAGAGUUCCAAUUCAUACUAGUGUGUCAACAAAAUCUCCUGCUGUUAUUCAACCUACUGUUCCCAGGAAUGUUCAAAAUCCAACUCAGAAUUGUUCAAACACCAAUCCAAAAAUGAUCAUAUUCAACUCCAGGAAUGUUUUAUCAACAAAUGUUCAAGUUAUUUCUCCUACGGUUCAAAAAAAAUGAUCAAGGAUUUCGUGUUCAGAAUGUUCAAGUUAUUAUUCCUCCCAC